CUCUCAGUGAUAUGCUUUGGAGGAGGAGUCUAUGCAGCAGAAUAGACAGAAUUGUACCCCUCCCUCAUUCUUUUGCACAAACAUCACUAUGCCUACGCGCCUUCCAGCUGUCCUGUGUUUACCUCUGAUAUCAGGAAAACCCAACAGGAAUGAAUUGACCGGUAGAGUCCGCCGGGUGUAGAUGCAUCCAAACUGAGGCAAGACAUUCAGUUUUUUCUUCAGCAUUUUUUGUGGAGUUUAUAUUCUGUAGAGUGUCAGCCUCUUCGUGUGGACUUACCGCUCAUAAAUCCCAUGACGCUUUGCAGCAGACCUUCAUGCUAAUGGAUGAGAAAAAAUGGAUGGGUGUCAUCCAUCAAACAAACACAAACCUUCACAGACACCUUUUGUACAAAGCAACACAGCAAUGGAUCUGAAUGAAUAUAUCAGCAUCUGAACACAACGAUGUGACUGAAGGUAAAAGAGUGUUUUUGAUUGGUAGAGCUGCAGACCUGCUCUUGGUUCCGUCCCAGAAUGCUGAGCCCAGUUCUCUGUUCAGAUCUCGCAGCUUUGGAGCCAGAGUACACAGAGGCGGAUGUCAUCUCUACGGUGGAGUUCAACCAGACUGGAGACUUCUUGGCUACGGGAGAUAAGGGUGGGAGGGUUGUCAUCUUUCAGAGAGAACCACAGGGCGAAUAUAAUGUUUAUAGUACAUUUCAGAGUCAUGAGCCUGAGUUUGAUUACCUGAAAAGUUUGGAGAUUGAGGAAAAAAUCAAUAAGAUUCGCUGGCUGCCUCCACAUAACCCCGCCCACUUCCUCCUCACAACCAAUGAUAAGACCGUAAAGCUGUGGAAGGUGAGUGAGAGAGACAAGCGAGCAGAAGGCUAUAAUCUGAUAGACGAGAAGGGCAGACUGAAGGACCUCUCAACAAUCACCACUCUUCAGGUCCCUGUCCUGCGGCCGAUGGAUCUCUUGGUGGAGGCGUCCCCGCGGCGUGUUUUUGCUAACGCACAUGCAUAUCACAUCAACUCCAUCAGCGUCAACAGUGACUGUGAAACAUACCUGUCUGCCGACGACCUGAGAAUUAACCUGUGGCAUCUCAACAUCACUGACCGCAGCUUCAAUAUCGUGGAUUUGAAGCCAGAAAACAUGGAGAACCUCAGUGAGGUGAUCACGGUGGCUGAGUUUCACCCUCACCACUGCCACCUGCUGGCCUUCAGCAGCAGCACAGGAGCCACGCGCCUCUGUGACAUGAGAGCGCGCGCACUCUGUGACCAGCACGCCAAGCUGUUUGAAGAGGCAGUGGAUCCAUCCCGCCGAUCGUUCUUCUCAGAGAUCGUUUCCUCGGUGUCAGAUGUGAAGUUCAGUCACAGCGGCCGCUACCUGCUCACGAGAGAUUACCUCACCGUUAAAGUCUGGGACCUCAACAUGGAAAAUAAACCAGUGGAAACAUACCAGGUCCACGACUACUUGCGAACCAAAUUGUGCUCUUUGUAUGAAAGCGAUUGUAUUUUUGACAAGUUUGAAUGUGCCUGGAACGGAACGGACAGCGUGAUCAUGACAGGUGCUUACAACAACUACUUCCGAAUGUUUGACCGGGCGAGUCUGCGCGACGUGACUCUGGAGGCCAGUCGGGAGGUGUGCAAGCGGCGGGCCGUCCUGCAGCCGCGGCGGGUGUGCGUGGGCCAGAAACGAAAAGAGACGGACGUCAGCGUGGACAGUCUGGACUUCAGGAAGAAAAUCCUCCAUACCGCCUGGCAUCCCAAAGAAAACAUCAUCGCCAUCGCAGCCAGCAACAACCUCUACAUUUUUCAGGACAGACUGACGCCCAACGGACAUCACAACACGCCGGAAAUACAGAGUGCGCCUCCCAAAUAGAAGACGCAGCCAAAUCUGACGACCUUCAGUAUGGUGCAACACAUGCUAAAAAUCAGUUCAUUUCUUGCCCUUUACGAUCACAUUUCUGAUCUGGAUUCAGUGUCGCCAGCAUCAGAACAAUCUCAAGAACUAUUAUGAACAUAUAUAACCUCGAAAACUGAGUAAUACAAACUAUAACUGUGGUCCUGAAUGAGAAUGUAUCGCUCAGAUUCAGUGCUAUCGCAUGGCAUGCAGUAUGAAAACUUGAGUUAGAUAAUGUUCAGCUACUCGGACACGUGAUUUAGAUCGCACAUGCAUGUUUACAAAGCCGUCUGCUCACAAACAGGGCUUAUUUAACAAUGAUGAUUGUAAACGAAUCGGAGCCUUUACGAUGAUUUAUAAUGCUCUGCAGUGCUUGUUGAAUUAAUGUCCGUUCUUCUCAGGCUUUAGUUUUCUUUGGUUUGACAAAGUGCUCAGGGACUUUCUAAGGCCUCUUCUUAUGUUCGGUGGCAAAAUGCACCAAAACGAAAUCCAGAACAAGCAGAGGACAGGAUGCGGGAAUUAUGGAGGUCUGCUGAGAGACAUUGCUGGAAGAAAAAACAGCAUGUGCAGGGAUCAGUUUCAAUGCUGAGUCAUCACUUCCCCCCACCUCAAUGUGUAAAGAACAUUCCCAAUUCAACGCUUCUGACCACGUAAUUACAGGCGCUUGCUAGCUUGUGCACUGGUUUAAUGAUUUCAUAGUGUGUUAAAGAAAUAGCUCUGCCAGAAAUGAAAAACAAUCUCCCACCCUCAUGUCGUUCCAAAUCUAUUUGAGUUUCUUCCUUAUUGUGAAAAAAAAAAAAAAGAUAAAUUUAGCGGAAUGUUCAAGAUGCUCUUUUCCACACAAUGAAAACAUACAGUAGCUCUUCAGUAUAUAACAGUUAUUUGACAGGCAAGGAGUAAUGUAGUCUGCCGCUGAUGACGUCAAACGUUAGGCUACGAUGUAGUCAAAAAUAGAAACGUUUUUCCAUUGUGUUUUUUAAAAGUUUCACGUAUACACAACGUUUUCAAAAUGAUUUGCGUUCACACAUAUCUGCGAAAACGGCAAAAAGUGUUGUAUUACGUAUGCUAGGCCAGUAGUUGGCGCUGAUCACCUUGUUAGUAAACAGUUCCUGUAGGGAAGUGAUGAUUAUAUGAUGUAUAUGAUGGUUUUAAUAUUGGUGAAGUAAAUAGACACUUUGCUGAAGAAGCGUUAGCAAACUCUUGAGCAGCAACAACGCCAUUGUUGUGAAUGUUUGUUCGCACUUGCCUUUAAAAUAGAUACUUAGCAUGUCUACAUACUGAACACGUAUUACGCACGUGCAUAACGUCACCGCUUUCAAAUAAUCCCGUAUUGGGUGUUUACAUGGAAACGAUAACAGUGGCGAUUUCAAAAACGUGCACUUUGAAACCCGUUUUUAAAAAUAUGCGUUUUCAGUCUCCAAAAUGCCGUUGUUGUGUAAACAGGCAAAAUGCAUAAAAAAGUAAAAAUGUUGUCGUGUAAACAGCCCCAAAUAUGUUAAAGUGUUAAUGAAAUUUAAAUGCUAUAGUGGAAGGAGAAAAUUUUUGCGAUGAAAUUGAAGUAGCGACGGAUGUACAUUUGAGUGAAACGGAUUAUUGAACAACCAAUCAAAUUACAGGGAGGGACUUGGUUCUGUGCACUUGAAUGGAGGCAGAUCUGAAAGAGAUCUUGUAGUUGGUUGUAAAAAAAAAAGGGGGGUGGGGUUUAUGCAGAUGAAGUGACUGGAGAAGUUUGGCGUAAAGUCUGCACUUUACUGUAAGAUUGAGCUAUUUUAAGAAUUAUUAGGUCUAUUUAGAACUAUUAUUCAAAUCAAAAUGUCAUCAAAAAUGUAAAUUCUCCGUGAAAAUUUGACAUAUUUCCUAAAUCUGUGUUAAUAAUUGUAUUUCUCCUCACUCUACGCAACUACAAUAUUUUCUAAUGGAUCUACCUACAAAAAAAGUUAUUCAAAUUUGCUGGUGUACAGCCUAACCAUCUCAGGUUAAUUUAGUCAAAAUAUUUUAAUUUAAUAAGACAUUACUGGAGCUUGAUAACCCCAACUUCUCCUUUUGAGCAGCAUGAGGGUGAGGUUCGACAGAAAUCCUUUAAUCUUCACCCACUUCCCCUGUCUGAACUAUUUCCAGCAUGAUGCCUGGUUGGUAUCUUUUGAUCUGCAUAUUACAGAACUAAUGUCGACAAG